UUACCGUAAAUUUAUUAUGACCAUUACCUCAAAAGAUGCAAAGACUGUACCAAAUCCGGCGGUACUGCAACCAGCAGGAAAUUUUUCCACGUAGCACCGUCCGCCGACUAAAAGUGCAAAAUGAUAUGAGUGCAGUGCCAUCGAACCAGGAGCAGAAGAUUGUACACGAACCGAAACCGGUGACGGCGCCAAACCCAGCCCGUCUGAAUGAGAUGAACAUCCAGUUGCUGCCCAAAGGCCUGUACGAGCAAAUCUUCAGUGUAGGUUCGGGCCGUAAGUCACAUUCGCCAACGUCAGCCCAGAUCGAAGCCCUACGAAAAGAUCUCACCCGACAUGGAAUUCCUUUGGCUAGUCCGGAAAUUAUGCCCGGUGUUGAUUUGCGAUUGCCAAAGUUAAAAGGAAGCGACAUUGAAGAGCAUUUCUUACGGAUUGCUGAGGAGCAAAGUAAACCGUACAGAGAUCUGCUUCAACUGCUGGUGAGUAGUGAGAUUCCGACCAUUCCGGACCGCUGGUCGGACACUCCCGGUUGGACGUGCUACGACCCCGACCGGGGACCAGUGUCUGUCCCAUACCCGGACGAACAGGCGUUCAUAUUCGACGUGGAAGUCUGUGUUCCGGCAGGAGUGGCCCCGGUAAUGGCCACCGCUUUGAGCCCUUCCCGUUGGUACUCGUGGACCAGUUCGAAUUUGAUCAAUCUGGUUCCUUUCGGGGAAGGUCAUCGUUACCAGCCAGCGGAGUUGAUUCCCAUGGAAUCGAGCGAUAAGGAUAAACGUGCGGACGGUCGAUUCCAGGUGCCGAAGGUGCUGGUAGGACACAAUGUGUCGUACGAUCGGGCUCGGAUCCGAGAACAGUAUUGGUUAGAGGCGACGGGAUUACGUUUUGUGGAUACGAUGUCACUGCACGUUUGUGUAAGCGGAGUGACCAGCUACCAGCGGGCGAUGCUGAAGUCGAGUAAGGAGAUGCCACUGGAGGACCUGGGGUGGAGCAGUCAGAGUUCGCUAAACAAUCUGGCGGAUGUCUAUCAGCUGUAUUGUGGGGACAAAUUGGAUAAGGAGAAGCGGAAUAUUUUCCUGGAGGGGACGUUAGCGGAUGUGAGGGAGGACUUCCAAAAUUUGAUGUCCUAUUGUGCGGGGGAUGUAAAGGCAACGAAGGGAGUAUUAGAACAGUUGCUUCCGCUGUUUCUGGAACGAUUUCCGCACCCUGCGACGCUGGCCGGGAUGCUGGAAAUAGGAAAUGCGUAUUUGCCAGUGAAUAGCAAUUGGAGCAGGUAUAUUCAAGAAUCGGACUUGGCAUACGAAGAUUUGGAUAUCGAGGCGAAGCAUCUGCUUGCCCAGCGGGCGGAUGCGGCCUGUCGAUUGAUGCACGACCAAGAGUAUCGAAAAGAUUUGUGGUUGUGGGAUCAUGACUGGAGUGUGCAGGAACUGAAACUGAAGGCGCCCAAGAAGGUGUCGAAGAAGAAGGGUAUUGUUGUCCCGGUGGAGGAGAAGAUGGAUCCGGUGGAUGGAGAGGAGGAUUUGGAUCCUCUUGCGGCGAAGUUUGAGUACCUGUAUAAAACGAAGGAACAGCUUCCAGUGAGACGUCCAUUGCUUCCUGGCUAUCCGGCUUGGUAUCGGAACCUUUGCUCGAAACCGACGGUAGACGAGUGGUCCCCGGGUCCGACCAACAUCGGUACCGGCAUGCAGAUUGCUCCGAAGCUGCUGCGCCUGUGCUGGGAAGGUUACCCGUUGCAUUUCAUCCGUGGUCAGGGCUGGGGUUUUCUGGUGCCGCACAAGUUCGCACGCGAUGACCCGGACCAGGCCGGUAUGAUUCCGCUGGAUCAGCUAGUCGAAGCUUGUCCGGUAUUGGAAAUUAAUCCACAUGCGUCGGCAGAGGAAAGUCACGAGGCACUCGGCAGUCUGUGGCGGGAUGUAGAGCAGAACAUUAGCCGGAAGGAUUACUACCGGAAGCUGAAGCAGAACAAGACUAACAACGCAUAUAAGGGAACUGGGAUUUGGUGCAACCUGGAUCUGGAAGAGUGCUGUUAUUUUCUGAAGCUGCCACACAAGGAUGGUCCUUCGCAUAGGGUAGGGAAUCCGUUGUCCAAGGAUUUUCUGAACAAGUUCUCGGAGAAUGUCCUAGCCGGGGAUGGGAAAACGGCGGAGAGGGUUGUCGAAAUUGCCAAGAUGUUGUCCUACUGGAGGAACAAUCGGGAUAGGAUCAACGGACAGUUGGUGGUUUGGCUAGGGAAGGAUCAAUUGCCAAAGAGUUUGAGGGACGAGGACGUGGAAUAUGGAGCGAUAAUUCCGCAGGUUGUAGUCUGCGGGACACUGACGCGAAGGGCUAUGGAACCGACCUGGAUGACGGCAAGCAAUGCCCAAAGGGAACGCAUCGGAUCCGAACUGAGGGCGAUGGUGCAAGCUCCGAAAGGGUUCAAAAUGGUUGGAGCUGACGUAGACAGUCAGGAGCUAUGGAUUGCGUCGGUUCUGGGUGAUGGCCAUGCAGCAGGGAUUCAUGGAGCUACCCCUUUCGGGUGGAUGACCUUGAGUGGGUCGAAAGCAGCCAAGACUGAUAUGCACAGCGUCACGGCGCAGGCAGUUGGAAUUUCCCGGGAUCACGCCAAGGUCAUCAAUUAUGCAAGAAUCUACGGUGCAGGACAGAACUUUGCCGAACGGCUGCUCAAGCAGUUCAAUCCAACCUUUUCGGAAGCGGAAGCCCGUUCGAAGGCUAUGAAGAUGUUUGCUCUGACCAAAGGGAAGAAAUUUUACUACCUCAAACCGGAAUUCCGGGACGAAUUUCCACAUAAAGGUUACUCCGGCUACGAAGCCUUGAAGAUGGCGAGGGUCUGCAAUAAAGGGGUUGAUGAAUUGUUCGAGAAGGCUCGCUGGGAGGGUGGGACCGAAAGUGCCAUGUUCAAUCGACUGGAAGAAAUUGCCGGAUCGGAAGCUCCCGUAACUCCAUUUCUGGGAGGACGCUUGAGCCGGGCCUUGGAGCCCCAGGAGGGAACCGAAGAGCGUUUCCUACCGACCCGCAUCAACUGGGUCGUUCAGAGUGGAGCCGUAGACUUCCUCCAUCUGAUGCUGGUGUCGAUGCGUUGGUUGAUGGGCAACCGGGUUCGGUUCUGCCUGAGCUUCCACGACGAAGUGCGCUACCUGGUGGAAGAUCAGUACGCGCACCGAGCGGCACUGGCCAUGCACGCAACGAAUCUUCUGACGCGAGCUUUCUGUGUUUCAAGAUUGGGCCUCAACGACCUACCGCAUUCGGUAGCCUUCUUUUCCACGGUCGAAGUAGACACCGUCCUCCGUAAGGAAUCACAUAUGGACUGCAAAACUCCCUCCAACCCCCAUGGGCUCGCCGUGGGAUACGGCAUUCCGAAUGGGGAAUCUCUCGACAUCUACCAACUGUUGGAGCGGCUCGGCCCAUCCGAAUCCGACAUGGCUCGUUGGGAGUGGCAUCGGAAGGAACAAGCGCCCCAAAAAACUCCGAAGAAAACCGUGACAAUUGUUAGGAAGAAGUCGAAAUAAA